AGGAGGUUCGAUUAGUCAAAAAAACGCGAAUAACGAACGGAACGCGGCAAACAUAAAAAAGGCGGUGAUCGCUGGGUGGCUGGGUCGGCUGUGUGCAUACGUAACACCUCUCUCUGCAAUCGCACCAGCAUGGAAAGGAGACCGCUCGAAGAUGCCACGAAAGCAAAUCUGCCGCCCAGAAAGAAAAAAUGCACCACGGAGAUUAGAGUCGACGACCUGAAAGGCGCCAAGUCGACGUCGAUCCUGUCGGGUUACUUCGACGACGAGGACGCUUCCUCCGACGAAAACUGGGACGCUACGUCAGCUCAGCAAGUCCGCGGGGACAUUCUCGAAGAGAUGGGUGUUCAGUACUUGGACGGUCCGUGCUCGCAAGACCGACGAGAUCGAACCCCUGUCUCCGUGCCAAACGCCUGGCGCGUACCACCGAUCCCGCCUCAGCCGUCCACCGUACAGGCGGUGAGGAGUGGCCGAAACGUGCCUUUGCAAGCGUUCUACAAUGAGUUUGUUCUUCACAAGCGUAACAAGCAGGAAGUGGACGCUGGAAACGAUCUCUUCAUGAAGCUCUCGGACGAAACGAUCCUGGACAUCUUCAAGUGGCUCCCCAAGCCGGUGCUUGCCAGCUGUGGCCGAGUCUGCAGGCGGUGGUCCCACCUGGCGUUUGACGAAAGCCUCUGGCGGAGACUGGACCUGGCCAAGAGGUACCUAAAUCCCGGCGUCCUCAGGCUCGUGCUGAGCCGCGGCGUGGUCGUUCUCAGGUUGGCCAUGUCCGAGGUGAAGGGGCCACUGUUUGAUGGCGACACUCCACUCUGCCAUCCCGUCGACAGCAGGUUCAGCAAGCUGCAGUACCUGGACCUGAGCAUGGCGUCGAUUUCCACCAAUACCCUGGCACAGCUGCUGUCGACCUGCUCGCAGCUGAAGAAGCUCAGCCUGGAACACUGCACCCUCACCGACCAAAUCUGCAGUCUCCUUGCAGGCAACCCUGACCUCGAGUGCCUUAACAUGGCCAUGAGCAAGGGCUUCACUUCGGAAGGCUUGCUAGACAUUGCCAAGGGCUGCAGACGACUGACUGCCUGGAAUCUAGCAUGGACAGAAAUGAACCAUGAGAAGGUUACAGUUCUCGUGGAAAAUGUGACGCCCGACAUGCGACAACUCAACAUUGCAGGCUGCAGGGGUGCUCUGUCCGACGCUCAUGUGCAGAGGCUUGUGGCUCAGUGUCCCGGCUUGACCGUGCUCGACAUCAGCGACGCCAUUCACGUGACGAGCGAAGUGAUCGAGGCCGUGGCCAGUGGACUGCGCGAUCUCAAAAGGCUGGGGGUCAGCCGAUGCUACAAGAUCAAGCCCGCCUCUUACCUGACCCUGAACAAGAUGGAGUCGCUGAGGCAUCUAGCGGUCUUUGGGGUGCUGGCCGACUGCGCGCUGGUAACCCUGCGGAAGGGGCUUCCCCGCGUCGAGAUCAACAAGGAGCUCUUCUCCACCGUUGCCAGACCAACCAUCGGGAUCAGCAGGAGGUCAAGCAUUUGGGGCCUCAAAGUCAGAGACUGACCUCGGCUCCGUCUAGGAACCUUAGAAAUUUAUGUUGGAAGAGUCUUCUGGUAGGGCGCUUUAGACAGUGCAAGUCAGUCUCCAAGAGUAUCAUGUCAUUGACUAUUGGGGAAGUGUAUUUAUCUGUGGUGCUUAGGUUUGGAAUUCGGAAACGAUAGACAAGCAUGGGGGGGGGCAAGGGCAAGCAAACCCCUUGCUUGGCCAUGCUUGUUUUGUGGCGACAUCCUGUAGACGACGUGGGCAAAGAGACAAUGUCUGCCCAGUCAGUCACCUAUGGGAGCAACUUGGUUGAGUUUGAGUAGUUUUCUUGUUUUAAUAUAAAACUCGCAAAACCAAAACUUGUGUGCUGUUUGUAUGGAGAGAGUGCAAGUUGAAUGGUUGUCUAUUCCAUUGUGUCUGUUUUCAAGUUGUGACCACAGAGUGAUUGACGAGGAAUCUUUUUGUACCCUGCGUUCAGGUGUGGUCGUCUUUUAAGUUUCUAAUAAAAAAGAAACUUUACGUGCGUGUAUGUUACAUUGGAAAACUGCUUGCACUGUCUGCUCAAAGCCUAACAGAGGACUCUUCAUGACUCACUGCCACCAAUCUUGCCGUCAAGAACGGCGUUUUUGGAAUAACUUGUUCUCAUCCCUUUCUUUCUACUUUUUUGUUGUUUUGUUAUUUCAACGCUUGUUUAUAAUGCUCUUCUGUUCCAGCUUACAGUGACUUAAACAGUGUACAGGUGGUAUCAUACUGUAAGUAUGAUUCACAGAAAAAGAUGUUUGAAAUAAAUGGCUGCAAAUGUU